CAUACAACUGUGUAUCAUCAGCAUAACAGUGGAAGCUAAUUCCAUGUUUACGAAUAAUUUGACCUAGGGGUAGCAUAUAUAAAGUAAAGAGCAGUGGGCCUAAAACAGAACCCUGUGGAACUCCAAAAGUAACUUCAGUACGCAUGGAGAAAUCACCAUUUACAUCUACGAACUGAUAACGAUCGGUCAGAUAAGACCUGAGCCAGGAGAGGACUGUUCCCUUAAUGCCAACAACAUUUUCUAAUCUAUCAAGGAGAAUAGUGUGAUCUAUAGUAUCAAAAGCUGCACUAAGGUCGAGUAACACAAGCAGCGAGACACAACCCUGAUCGUAGGUCAGUAGAAGGUCAUUUACCACUUUAACUAACGCUGUCUCUGUGCUAUGAUGAGGUCUAAAUCCUGACUGAUACAUUUCAUGAAUGUUAUUCCUAUCUAAGUACAAGCAUAACUGCUUUGCUAAACACAAGCCUCUCUUCUUUCUUAUUCUCGAAGUUCCUAAGACAAAAACAAAACUCAGCUCGUCGUGUUACAGAGAAACCGCAAUAUUUAGCAUUCGUGGCGUUGUCGCUAAUGGUUUAUAACCGCGCCGUCAGAGGAUGAUUGCCUUAUGAGUCUGGUUCCUCUGGAGGUUUCCUCCUCGUGUCAUUUGAGGUAGUUUUUCCUUGCCAUUGUCAUCUCUGGUUUGUUCAUUAGCGAUUCAAAUAUAAAUGUAUAUUUGGAUUUCUGUAAAGGUGCUUUGUCUAUUGUGGUAUAAAUGUGGUAUACAAAUAAAAUAGAAUUUCAUGUUGUUUGUAGACACUUUGUAAACCAGUUAUUUUAAACAAGCAUGCUAAAAUAUUUUGUCAUUAUUUUUGCGAUUAUUUUCUCUGAGGAGGGAAAAGUGGGAUUUUAUUGGGCCAUUCCUGUGAAUUCUUACUUUUUAUAAACAUUUUCUGAGGAAAAGAAUGUAGAAUUUGUAUUUAAUUGCUUGUUAAAUGCGACUAGAAAGCAAUCAGAUGUUUUAAACGGUCAUUCAAUUGCCUUUAGGAGCCAUAAAAAUGGUCGGGAGUUUCAAUUCAACCCUACGUUAUUUUAAUGCUAAGCUAAUAAAAGAUGAGCGCGAGAGCUCGCGCCGCUCAGGUGACAGGACAGGAGUCGCUCUCGCGCUCCGCGCGUGACGUCACUUCCGGUCGAAACCUGAACCUUCCAUAGAAACAAGUUUCCCCGUGAUUCGUUAAACACGAAAAGAAAACGGACUUUUCUUUCUUUCUUUUUUUUUUUUAAACUGGAGUUUUAUAUAUAAAACCAAUUGACAGAGGGAUGUGUAUAUGUUCAGGAGGAGGAAAAGUGGAGUAACCGAAUCGGGAACUGAAUUUGAAACUUUUUUUUGGUUGGUUUGUGUUUUUUUCCAUGUUUCGGCAGACGGAGCUGAGGUGCGAGAAGAAAGAAUUAACGUCAAAACGUCACUUUUAAGUCAGAUUCCAGAGGUUGAAGGAUAGUAAAAUAGGGAAAGAUAGGAGUUGUUAAACUUGAACGUUAACGGUUUUAAAGUUAACCGCUGGUGCGCGCGACCGGACUGAAGUGUUUUUUGAAGAGAGCGCGCGCGAUGCGCUGGAGUCUCUCAGGACGCUGUUUAGUUGAACAGUCUGAUGAGAAAGAUCUGUGUGUGUAUGAGAGAGAGACAUGUGUGUGAGGCGCGGACAUGGGUCUGUGUUUGGGCUCCGAGGUCACGGAGGAAGGAAAGAAGGCGAAACUACACAGCGCCGAGAUAGACCGCGAGCUCUACGAGCACGCGCGCAGAGACAUGAACGUGGUGAAGGUCCUGCUGCUCGGAGCUGCUGAGAGUGGUAAGAGCACACUGGUUAAACAGAUGAAGAUCAUUCACAGCAACGGCUUCACCAGACAGGAGCUGAGCAGCUUUAAGCCGGCCGUGUUGGACAACCUGCUGACGUCGAUGAAGUUUGUGCUGCAUGGGAUGGGCGUGCUCCGGAUCAACCUGGCCAACAGCAAGAACAAGGUCCAUGCCCACUCUGUUCUGUCGUGUGGGCGGUGCUUCGAUGAAGAGCAGGUGAUCUUCCCAUUCAUAAGCCAUGCCCUUUCCUGCCUGUGGGCGGAUCAGGGGGUGCGGUCUGCGGCAGCGCGAGGCUAUGAGUACGAACUCAACGACUCAGCGCUCUAUUUUUUUGAAAACAUGGCCCGGAUCGUGUCGCCGGACUACGUGCCCACAGAGACGGACGUGCUGAGGGUCAGAAUCCGGACCACGGGCGUCAUCGAGACCCAGUUUAAAGUCAAACACCUGGUGUUCAGGUUGUAUGACGUCGGAGGCCAGCGGACGGAGAGGAGGAAGUGGAUCAGCUGUUUCGAGGACGUCAGGGCCGUGCUGUUCGUCGUCGCGCUGAGCGGCUACGACAUGACGCUGGUGGAGGAUCCUUCCAUGAACCGACUGCAGGAGAGCCUCAGACUGUUUUCCUCCAUCUGCAACAACGUCUUCUUCAGGAGCACCUCCAUGAUUUUAUUCAUGAACAAAAUCGAUCUUUUCCAAGAGAAGAUCCUGCACUCGGGUCGUCACCUCAGACACUACCUGCCGCUCUACAGAGGCGCUGACUGUGAUGUGGAUUCUGCCGCCCGCUUCAUUGCCUCCACGUUUGUCUCUCAGAACACCACGCCCAGGAAGCUGAUCUAUCACCACUUUACUACGGCGACAGACACCUCCAACGUGCAGGUGGUGUUCCAGGUGGUGAUGGACACCAUCAUGAAGGAGAACCUGGAGGCCGUUUCACUGCUCUGAGCCCCCGAUUUAACCUCCGCACAGUCAUCUCAUCUCCGCGCCACGUGAAACCUGCAGAACUGCACACACACACACACACUGCUGACGGUUCACAGUGACCAGAACCUCACCGUGAUGUUCUGAGCUGUCCGAGGUGCUGAACCUCAACACGCUCCUCAGCUCGGAAACGAACACUGGCAUGCGUGUGUGUGUGUGAGAGGGAGAAGGGAUGGAAAGAAACCCGUUGAGAGAGAGAAAGAUAAAGAAGUUAUAGACGAGAGAAGAUGAUUGAGGUGUAGAGAAAGUGUACAGGAGGAGAGAGAGAGAUGAAGCGAGGCUGAGGGGAUGGAUGUAGAAAGAAUGAGACAUCGAGAGAUAUUGAGAUAUAAAGACUGAGGGAGAAAGAUAGAUAAGGAGAGACAGACUGGGAGCGAGACAGAGUGAAGGAGAUGGAGAGGGAGUGAGAGCAAUGGAUCUGGUGGAACAUGAUGGAGACUGAGAGAGAUAGAGACAGAAUGACGGACAUGAAGAAAGCGAUAGAUAGAUAAAUAUAUUAAGAUGGAGAGAGAGAUACGGGGAUAUA